GACGGCCACCUAUUCUUGUAUUUGAAACUAUACUCCGUACUGGUUUGCUAGCUUGUACGUAAAAUAUCGGCCACACAUCCACAGAAUUAUUUGAUUGCUUUGGGACCAGUCAUAGGUUGUCUCAAAUAGAUCUAGCUUCCAGGGGAAAAUCUAAAAUAGAAACGUGUUCCAAUCAUUAUACUACGCAUGAAUUAAAACAGGGAGAUUGAUUGGUCUCAUUCACUAUCAACUCUGUGAGCAGGCCACGAAGUUACCGUCAACCUUAGAAAGAAACUCAUCAAGUUUGGGGUUUCUUUCUUGGGCCUUGGCUGGACUUUAUGUUUUGGGUUUAAGUAAAGGCGUUCACUAUUUCACUUCCCAACUUGACUAGUUUGUUUUUGCUCACACUCAAAAGUUAAGCAUGCAAAGGCUGUACCUUGUGAUACAGCGCAGUUUGGUUCAGGCAAAACCUCGAACACUUGGUGUGCUCUAUUUUUCUCCCGCCAAAAUCCCAUCCACCUUCAACUCUUUCCUCUGCACCCAAGCACCAAACGCUGUUCCCGAUCAAGUCUCAGACCCAAAACAAGAAGAACCCAGAAGCUGCUUGUCUUACAGAAUCGAGAAGCUGCCGAGAGGCGACCCAGUUGGGUCUGCUUUCCAGAGUUGGAUGGGUGAUGGCUUCCCCAUUCACAGAGGUGACAUCUUCCACGCCAUUAAUCGCCUCAGAAAGCUCAAGUCUAACCAACGCGCUCUUGAGGUGAUGGAAUGGGUGAUCAGAGAAAGGCCCUACAGGCCAAAGGAGCUAGACUACUCUUAUCUGUUGGAAUUUACAACCAAGUUUCAUGGGAUAUCACAAGGUAAAGAACUCUUUACGCGUGUUCCUCAGGAGUUUCAGAAUGAGCUCCUUUACAACAAUCUUGUGAUUGCUUGUUUGGACAAAGGAGCAAUAAGGCUUCCGCUUGAGUGCAUGAAGAAAAUGAGGGAAUUGGGCCAUCCCAUCUCGCACUUGGUGUUUAAUCGGUUGAUUAUUCUACAUUCAUCAUCAAGGCGUAAAAAAUUGAUACCGAAAAUUCUUGCUCAGAUGAAGGCUGAUAAAGUGGCCAGGCAUGCUUCCACAUUUAACAUUCUGAUGAAAAUGGAAGCCAGUGAACACAAUAUUGAUGGGUUGAUGAAGGUAUACUCUGAUAUGAAGCGAGCAAAUGUUGAGGCGAAUGAGAUUUCUUACUGCAUCAUAGCUACUGCCUAUGCAGUGGCGAGGUUACAUACUGCUGCUGAAGCUUAUGUUGAAGCCUUGGAGAAGUCAGCUACAGGUAAAAACUGGUCAACAUUGGAUGUUCUAAUAAUGUUAUAUGGGUAUUUGGGGAAGGAGAAGCAGCUAGAGAAAACUUGGGGCUUAGUGAAGGAACUUCCCUAUGUCAGGUCUAAGAGUUAUGUGAUGGCAAUUGAAGCAUUUGGUAGAAUUGGCCAACUCACCCGAGCUGAAGAACUCUGGUUAGAGAUGAAAUCAGUAAAAGGGUUGAGAUCCACCGAGCAAUUCAACUCUAUUAUAUCUGUCUAUUGCAAGCAUGGGUUGAUUGACAAAGCAUCUAAAAUUUUCAGGGAGAUAACUACAGAUGGUUGCAAACCAAAUGCCAUAACUUUUCGGCAUCUCGCUUUGGGUUGCUUAAAAGCAGGAUUGGUAGACGAAGCCAUUAAUACUUUAGAUUUAGGGAUGGAUUUGACAAUGUGCAAUGUGGUCAGGAAUUCUACCCCAUGGUUGGAGACCACUCUUUCGAUAAUUGAGGCUUUUGCCGAAAGGGGUGAUAUAAGGAACGUCGAGAAGUUGUUUGAGGAACUAGCUAAAGCCAAGUAUAUAAGGUACACUUUUGUAUACAACACUUUGAUCAAGGCUUAUGUGAAGGCCAAAAUUUAUGAUCCAAAUCUUUUGAAGAGGAUGAUUCUAGGAGGUGCACGACCAGAUGCUGAAACCUAUAGUCUGAUGAAACUUGCUGAGCAGUUUCGGACUUGAUAUUGGUUUGUAAUGUAGUUGUAACUGUAAUCUGUUGUAAUACAUGUGACUGAUUCUUUCACGAUGUUUAUCAAUGUUGUAAAUGGGAGAUAAUGAGAUGGAAGAGCAUUGAUCUUGAAUUGCUUUCUUCUGCUUGUGCACCCAUUUUCAGCUGGCCUAAAACCAGAUUAUUGUGAAGAUGGUCAGAGUUUCUUUCAAAUUAAGCAGAUACAGCCUACAAUUAUAACGACGUCUUGGUAGCAAAAUUAGACUUCGCUUAUUGGAGACUGAUUGCUGUUCAUCUUGACAAUUGCUUUCAGGCAAAGCUUCUAGCGUUAUAUAUAUCCUUGAUGGAUGAAAAGUAUCGCUAUUUGCCCCCAUGCAAUAUUGUUCUUUCAAUAUCCGGCCUCAAGGAGGUCAGCAUCUCAGUA